UGUCAGGAAACUGUAGUCUCCGGUGAUAAAUAAGAGCCCCAACAACACAGGAUACAUAUGGGCCCAACCGCUAGGCUGGAGGGAUAUGAGAUGCAAACAGUCUGCCCUCCAUUGUCUUAGCAUCUCCCACACAAGACUUCUUAGUGCAACUUGAGGCUUGUCAUGGGAAGAGCCCUCUGCGCGCCGCUCCUUUUCUCGGUCAAGAUGGCGAUUCUUCUCCAGAUCUUCUGGCAUGGGUUGCUGUCAGGGCUGGCAGUCCAGCCAGGCCAGGCAACUGAGGCUCUGUGUUCUGGAUCCACUUGCUACACACUGCACUGGGAAAAGUUCAGCUGGAUGGAGGCCCAGAAGAAGUGUCAAAACGACGGGGGCAACCUGGCAACGCUGAAAAGUCCAGAGGAGGCCCUGCUGGUCAGGCAACUGCUGACUGCGAUGCCUAGGCUGGAAGCCAGCUCAGAGGUGGAGGUAAGACUGUGGAUUGGGCUCCAGCGGGAGAAGGGCAAAUGCUACCAGAAGCAUCAGCCGCUGAAGGGCUUCAGCUGGGUGGCAGGAGAGCCAGAGACUGAGUACUCGAACUGGGUCCAAGAGCCCCGGGAAACAUGCACAGCUCAUCGAUGUGUGACCCUCCAGGGGUCUCCCUUCUUGCCCGAGGGCCUGGCCUGGGCAGAUGGCCACUGCAGCCGGUCCGUUCAGGGGGGGCCUGGCUACUUGUGCAAGUUCAACUUCCCGGGGAUGUGCCGUCCACUUGCCUUGGCUGGGCCGGGCGCUGUCAAGUACACCACUCCCUUUGGUGUAGUCACUACUCCCCUGCUAGCUGUGCCUUUUGGCUCCUCAGCUGACGUGGCAUGUGGACCACAAGGGGCAGAGGUGGCCGACACAUUCCUUAUGUGUAGGAUGCAAGCAAAUAGCAACACCUUUGAAUGGAGCGGGCAAGGCCCACUGUGUGCUUCGCCCAGCCACGGCUGCAGCUACAGCAACGGAGGCUGUGAGCACCAGUGCUUGGAGCUGGGUGGGGGCCUCUUCCAGUGUGCCUGCUACUCAGGAUACCAGCUUGGAGGGGACCGUCUAUCCUGCAUCACUGUGGACUACUGCAGCUCCAACCCAUGCCAGGGACAGUGUGUGCCACGUACCGGUGGCUUUGACUGUCUUUGCUCUCCGGGUUAUGCGCUGGCUGCAGAUGGCCGGAACUGUGUGGAUGUGGAUGAAUGCAGUGCCCUACAAAGCCCUUGCAAGCAGAUCUGCAUUAACACUGGGGGCAGCUUUAAAUGCCUCUGUAACCUGGGCUAUAAACUGGCUGAGGCUGAUGGGCAAACAUGCCAGGACAUUGACGAAUGUGCCAGAGACACCCCAUGUGCCCAGCUUUGCGCAAACACUCACGGCUCCUUCCUCUGCUCCUGUGAGCCUGGCUAUCAGCUGGAGGGCAUCAAUAGUGCUUCUUGUCUAGAUGUGGAUGAGUGCCAGGAAGAGCCUUGUGAGCAGAUGUGCAAAAACCUCCCAGGUAGUUAUCAAUGCUUUUGCAGGCCAGGUUGGAGACUGGAGCCCAAUGGGAUCUCUUGCGUUUCGGACGCCACCGGCAGCACUUCCUCCCCACCGACCCAGGGAGAAGUGGGGAGUCCAACAGGCGUCCGUCCCGGUUCAGACCCACUCAGGCUGCCGUCCGACUCUCCAAUCCAAGCUGAAUCAGAAAGAGUCUCUGUGUCGCAAGGUACCACUUUUCAGCCAGGGCUGCUCAGCAGGCCGGCAGAUGUCAAAGUCCAGGCUGGAGAGGCCAGCGCAGAAAAGAACGCAGGCAGCUCCAAGCGAUUCCUGUAUUACACGGUUGGUGGUGUUGCAGCUAUUUUGUUACUGCUGGCUUGUGUGCUAAUCUUGGUCACCUACAGGAAAAUGAAGCUCAAGAAAACCAAAAAUGAAGUUAAGAGUGCAGCUGACAAUUACUCUUGGGUGCCAGAUCAGGGGGAGGCCAGGGCAAGAAGCAAUGAGUAUAUGUAAUCUAUACAUAAGGGAAGUAUUUUUGCUCUAAAGCAGGCAAGGGAGAGGGAAGGAAGGGGAAGUUGUCUCAAAAUUAAACUGAGGCUGCGUCCACAUAGCAAGGGUUCUCCAUUUUGUACUUAUUGUUGCUGUCGAUGCAUUUGGAUUGGUAACGAAGUGUCCACUCGGGAACUGUCUGUGCAUUUUCCUCUCAUCAGUUGCCAUUUCCCUGCACUUUCUCCUGCCAUGCCACCAAAGUGCAUUUUUUCUGGAAUCACUCAUUGCUAUAGUAUUAUCACAUUAUAGUGCUAUAGCAUUACAACACUACAGUAAUUUUUUUGAGGCCUUCAAAAAGCUGGUAGCACAGUAAGCAAAAUGAUGGCUGUGAGGGGCUGAUGGAAAGAAAAUGGCCCUGGUGGAUGCAGGGCCUUGGAAAAUGCACAUCUUUCUGCCCGGAAGGAAGGAUAGGGCAUUUGGAUUGAGCUCUUCCCCAAAAGGUCAUAGCAAAACAGGUCUGGGAAAUGCACAUAUUGAGACAGGGAAAGACUGGUUAGAGCAUGGCACUCCAGAAAGAAUCGCUCCAGUUUGGACAGCAAAGCAGUGAAAAGUCUCUGCGCGGAAGCAACCUGAGAAAAACAUAUCUCUGGAAUUUUUAACAUCAUACUGGACAAGACAAAUUACUCAGAUUGUGCCGAAGACAGACACACAGACCCAAUGGAUUUAAAAGCAGUCCCAAUGGAUUUUCUACUUAAAGUCUAAAGUGGGUUUUUAACUUGGAGUACAGACACACUGAACAGCAAAUAAAAUGUUACUGGCCUUC